CCGUUUUCAUCGUGCACAGGAGGACGUGCACAUGAAGAAGCACAUUCCUCCGCUUCCUCAUUUCCUCCCACCGAAAAAAAGCUAGGGUUUGGAGCUGUGCGCCGCUGCUCGUCGCCGCCCCCAUCCUCCGUCGCGGGGCGUCGGCACCGGCUCCCUCCUUUCCGUCGGCUGGCCGCCAAGAAAAUCUAGGGUUUGGGCUGUGCGAGGCAGCGCCGGGGAAGCAGGGAAGCGGCGAGGCGGCAGGCAGGCAGGCAGGGGCAAGGCCAGAUCCGCCGCGCGCAGCGGCCUCGUCGGGCCGGUGGCAACGAGGGCUCGUUGGCUCGUCAGAUCCAGUGCCCCUUUUCUCCCUCCCUCCCCCUCCUCGAUUUGGUUUGCGGGGGGUGCUCGCCAAAAGCUUCGGGAUUGGAGUAUGAUUUUGAGGAUCUGAAUAAAAGAAGUCAGUAAAAUCAUUUGUCUCUCACGAUGGAGAAGAUACAAUCUGAUUGCCCUUAUCCUGGAUGUUUCUUCUGUGUUAUGAAAGAGGCAAACCCUAGUAAACGAAGAGCAAGUGUACUGAAGUUCUUUAGGGAACUUCCUUCUCAAGAUGAUGAUGGUCAAGUUCUCCCUAUUAGUGGUCUUUGGAAUACUGCGAUGGCACAUCCAAAUGACCCUGAAUUCAUCAACUUGGGGAUAUUUGAAUGCAUGUCAGCUCUUAUAUGGAAGGGACUGAAAAACAGGCGUUGGCUUUCUCAUGAUCAGAAUAUUUACAUCCCAUAUUAUGCAGCACAUAUAAUUGGAUCCUACACAAUGAAUAUGGAGGAGUUUGCGGAACGUGCUGUUCGUGCUGGUGUAAUACCUCCAUUGGUUGAACUCUUACGAGGCAGGCUAACUUGGGUAGAGCAAAGGGUUGCUGUUAGAGCUUUGGGGCAUUUGGCUACAUAUCCCAGUACAUUUCCUGCAGUUGCUGACCAUGGAGAAGUACUUGAACUUGCUAUUCAACUUGCUUCAAGUUCUCUAGAGAUUGUGUAUUCUCAUUUUUACCAGUUUGUGGACCGAAGGAUUGGCUACCACUGUGACCUUCUCACACGAGGCAUGGGUGGUGUGGAAAUGGAAUCUCGCAAAGCUGAGGAAUGGGCAAGCCAACUUCAGUGCUGGUCUUUGCAACUCAUUAACUGCUUCGCAUUUAAGUCUGAAUUUCUCCAUGAUAUUUGCAAGGCUGAUUUUCUAGUCAAGUUACCUGGAAUGUGGGGUGGACUCGUAAAUGAGAACUCACCUGCUGGUGUUGGUUUGCUAAGAACUAUCUGCCAGAGCAAGCUUGGCCGAGGCCAUGUUGCUAAUAUUCCUAGUGUUGUUGAAGCUCUCUGCAACAUUGCCCGUUCUUCAGAUGACUGGCAAUACAUGGCUGUUGAUUGUUUACUUUGGUUGGUGCAGGAUUCAAAUACAUGUCAUAAGGUAAUAGAUAGAGUUGCCUCAACACUGAUAGAUUUAGCAAAUAUCUCAAUGCUCGGUGAUUAUAAAAAACUUGGUGACACCAUUGUCACAGUGCUCCAAGAAUGUAUGCAACAAUAUGCAAAUUCACGGAAUUCAAUUAGUACUCACACCAAAGAACAAAUUGAUGAACUCUUGAGUUCCAAGCAGAGUUUUAAAUUGGAGAAGAAUAUGCCAAAGGAGGAUCUUCAUAUAAAACAAGCAGCAGCAUUGGUUGUUAAGUUGGAAGGCAAUUCACUUUUCUCUUCAGGGAACAUAGCAGGAGCUGCAGCAAAGUACUCUGAAGCACUUGCGCUGUGUCCAAUGAAGUCUAAGAAAGAAAGAGUGGUGCUUUAUAGUAAUCGAGCUCAGUGUUAUCUACUCCUGCAGCAGCCAUUGGCUGCCAUAAGUGAUGCUACCCGUGCAUUGUGCCUUCAUAGUCCUUUGAAUCGCCACGCAAAAAGCUUGUGGAGAAGGGCUCAAGCAUACGAUAUGCUUGGUUUAGCGAAAGAGAGCCUGUUGGAUGCAAUUCUCUUUAUAAAUGAAUGCUCUCAGUCGAAUGAUCCUGACCUGUCAUUAAAGCAAAAUAAAGUUCCUGAUUAUGCUGAGCGUUUGGUGAAGAAGCAGAUGCGCACAGCUUGGUUAUUCAGGGAAGCAGCUUUGAAACAUGGGGGAAUCCAUUGCGAGGGAGAAGCUAGUGAUGCUUUUGGUCAAGAGGCAGAUGACUCUGAGUGGGAAACAGCCAGUGAAAGUGAUGCUGAGAAUGAUGCAACAGGAGAGGCAGAUGAUGAAACUGAAUGGAAGAACGAUAACCAAGUAUGAGAAAAGCUGAGAACCAGGUUUCCUUGCCAUUCAGGACGAUUGUUGGUGUUGCUUAUGUUAGUAGAAACAAUGGAACCACCUGCUUGUCUUCUGUACGAGUAAACUGAAACAAAGUUGUGAACUGGACGGAGCCAGCUUACAGAAAGCCUUGCAAGAAUGGCUUUCAAAAGUGACAAAUCUGGUGCCACUGUAUUUAUCCUAUUGAGAACGAGGCUGAAUUUUUCAAUGCCAUUUAUCAUCUCAUCACCAUGUUGGAUUUGUCAGGGUUGUGCUUGUGAUUCGUUCGAUGUGUUCUAUUCGGGGAGUAGUUUCAUGUUUGGUGUUGUAAAAUGUGUUUCCACCGAUUUUUCAGCUUUUGAAUGGACAAAACUGUGCCUUCUUUUUUUCCUCCUUUCUUGAUGUGUGAAGUUUUGCCAAGAGGCAAACUCUGGCACUGUUUUCUAUAUUCUGCAGUAUUGAAUGUACAUUUUCUUCAGGGUGGAUGCUGUGUUUUCUUAUUGUAAAACUCUAUAUUGGUUGAGGAUUAACUGGUUUCUAGUUUAUGUGUC